AUGCCCUCCGAGAAGUCACAAUAUAUACCGCCUCCCCCUAUACCAACCUACGAUGAAGCGACUGCUGGGAACCCCUCGUCUUCGCGACCUAACUGGCCGCCGCCCUCUUCGCCCGUAGAUGCGAGACCCGACCACGAGACCGAAGCCCAGUCCCUCCUCUCCUCGCGUCCCAGACCGGCUGACGCGAGACAUGCACCCGGCGGCUACCAGGCCCCGUACGUCGAGUCCGACGACGAAGGAUCCCAGUGGACACUCGAAGACGACGACGGCGAUGGCGACCAAGACGCGCAAGUGCGGCGCGAAAUGCAGGAGCUGGAAGUCGAAGACCCCCUAAACGACUCGAGUUCCCGGUCCUCCUCCUCGUCGUGGAGGAAACGAAUAGCGUCCUCACUUCCGCAAUGGAAAUGGCGAUGGCGCCUGCCUAGGUUUACCGUUCGACUGCCCCGCCAAAACGACGCCGAAAAUGCCGGGGAUGGGGAAUCGGAAGAGCCCAGGAGGAGGUGGAGGUGGAAGUGGAAGAUGCCAAGCUUCAACAGCGCUGCCGCCGUACUUCUCGUCGGGAGGCUGCUCGCCGUCUUCCUCAUACUGGGCUUCUUGUACCUGCUGUUCAUCAGUGACCUUUUCAGUAAUAUGACGAGGCGCCUCGGCGGCCAGAUGUUCGACCCUGAGGCUGUGCGCCAAUACGUGCAGAAUAACAUCGACUCAGGCAUGAUGAGGAACACGUUGAAGCACUUUACAGGCUAUGCGCACAUAGCAGGGACCGAGGGCGAUUUCGCGCUAGCCAUGGACGUGCGAAACUACUUCACGAGAUACGGUCUCGAGGCCGUAGCGGUCGACGAAUACUACGUAUACUUGAACUACCCCAAGGAGGGCGGUAGGGCGGUGGAGAUCAUGUCCGAGGACGGGAAGAAGGCGAAGUGGACGGCCGCGCUCGAGGAGCGCCACGUGGGCAGCGAGACGGCAGGCCGCCAGACUUACGUGUUUCACGGCCACUCCAAGUCGGGUGACGUCCGGGGUCCCUUAAUAUACGCCAACUACGGAGCGAGAGAAGAUUUCAAGUUGCUUGCUGACAAGGGAAUCGAUACAAAGGGCGCGAUCGCGCUGGUACGCUACUACGGCACGCAGGGCGACCGGGCGCUGAAGGUGAAGGCGGCCGAGAUGGCCGGGUUUGCCGGGUGUAUAAUAUACAGUGACCCGGCGGAAGACGGGUUCCUCAGGGGGGAGACAGCGCCGAAAGGGCGCUACAUGCCUGCCGACGGGGUCCAGAGGGGGUCGGUCAGCUUAAUGAGCUGGGUGGUCGGCGACGUGCUCACGCCCGGCUGGGAGAGCAAGGAAGGCCAGCCUCGGAUGACGACGAACCAGACGGCUGGUCUCGUCCAGAUUCCGAGUAUACCGAUCGCCUGGCGGGAUGCUCAGAUCCUUCUCCAACACAUCCAAGGCUUCGGCGAGCCGUGCCCGGAGCUGUGGCGCGGCGGCGUGCCCGACGUCGAGUGGUGGUCGGGGAAUUCGUCGUCGCCGAUCGUGCGACUGAAGAACGAGCAAGACGAAGUGGAAAAACAGAAGAUUUGGAACAUCUACGCCAAGAUCAUCGGCGUCGAGCAGAGCGAGAAAUCGAUCAUCAUCGGUAACCAUCGCGACGCGUGGUCCUUCGGCGCAACUGAUCCCAACUCGGGAACGGUAGUCAUGCUGGAAGUCGCACGCAUCUUCGGCGAUCUCGCAACGAGGGGCUGGCGACCGCUGCGCACGAUCGAGUUCAUGAGCUGGGAUGCCGAAGAGUACAAUCUCAUCGGCAGCACCGAGUUUGUCGAAAACAAUCUCGAAGCUCUGCAGAAGAACGCGUUCGCGUAUAUCAACCUCGACACGGCCGUUUCUGGCCCGGAGUUUCACGCGGCCGCGUCGCCGGUGUUCCGCAAAGUUCUCAGUAAGGUCCUCGACCGGGUCGUCGACCCCGUUUUCAACGCGACCCUGCGCACGCUGUGGGAUGAGCGCAAUAGCCAACUCGAGGGUCUCGGCGCGGGCAGCGAUUACGUCGCGUUCCAGGAUAUAGCGGGCACGAGCUCGAUCGAUAUCCGCUUUGGCGGGGAGGCACACCCUUACCACUCGUCGUACGAUAACUUUGAGUGGAUGGACCACGUGGGGGACCCCGGCUUCACAUACCACAACCUGCUGGGUCAGGUCCUCGCGCUCCUCAUCCUCGAACUCGCCGACCGACCGGUCUUGCCUUUUGACAUGGGCAACUACGCGCUCGCCCUGGGUCGUUACGUCGGCGACCUGUGGCAGUGGGCGGAGGAGAAGGGCAUCAACGACAAGUUCAACCUAGGUCCGCUUAAGGACGCGGUUCUGGACGUCGAGAAGGCUACCUCGGAGUUUGAGAAAUGGGAAUCCAGCUGGGAGCAAACGGUCUUGGCAUCGAACGGCUGGGAACCGGUACCCUUGGGCCAGAGGAGGUGCGACUACAACAAUCGCAUGGCGAAUUUCGAGACCGACCUGCUGGACUUGGAAUUCGGCGGUGGGAUACCGAACCGGACACAGUUCAAACACGUCGUUUUCGGACCGCAACUAUGGUCCGGGUACGACGAGGCGUAUUUCCCGGCCAUCCGGGACGCCGCCGACGCAGCGGACUGGCCGUUGACGCAGAAGAUGAUCGACAAAGCCUCGGCGAUCAUAGGGAACGCGGCCGAGGUACUACUAGACUAA